CUCAGCGAUCACAAAAUGGCCGCCGCGCCGAAUCUCUGAACCUACAGGUUUUUGACAUCUCUGCCGCCUCCUACUCCUCCUUUCCUACAUCCUCCCUUCUUCUUCCUACCCCGGCCUGGAAGCCGAAGGUCCGGUCCUCAUCACAUUUCCAGUUAUUAGUGCUCUCUCAAUAGCUAAUACCCAAGGGGGGGAUCGGGAGCCUCUGCUGCUGCACGUAUAAAAAAGGUGAAACCUAUAUUAUAAUUCUUCUUCCUGGCAAAAAAAAAAAAAAAACCUGCAGUGCUAUUGUCCACAAACAAUGGGAAAUGCUGGUCUAAUGUAAAUCUAAAGGUUUAUAUGGCUUAAUACAUUGCAAGACUGGCCUGCAUCUGCAUGAAUUUAAUGAUGUAUGUAUGUUUAAAAUACUUAUAUGUAUUUGUUAGAGUGUUUUAGGCACAGAAGGUAAACAUGUAUUUCCCAACAUAUAGAUAUACAAUGUAUUGCUUACUUGUACCAUUUUAUAUUUAGUAUCAUUACUUGUAUGUAUAUCUAUAUACUACUAUAUUACUUGUAUAAUUUACAUAUAUAUAUAUAUAUUGUUUUUAAACUGGUUAUUAAACAAGUUUUUUUUAACGUUGCCAAUUUGUUAUUACAGUAGAAGUAUAUAUCUAGUUGUCUAUUUUAAAUUAAGUUUUGCAAGGUUUUGUGCCAGCCAAUUAUACUAAUAUUUAAAUAUUGUAUAUAUUUCAGGAUUGUUUACAAAUGUUAUGUACCAUUUAAAAAACAAAGCAAAAAAACAUUUAUUAGUAAUCACUUCCCAAAUGUUGGAAAUCGUAAUUUAUAACUAACGACCUAAAUGUAUUGGUUUUUACAUGAGAACUGUUCCUUUUUGCUUAUUCUAACCGUUACUUAUUAGUGUAUUACGAAUACUUUCUUUUAGAAUAUUGUAAAUCUAUUAGAUUGGAAUUGGUUCAUGUGGUUUUAUUUUUAUAUAUAGACAAUAUAUAUGUAUAUAUGUAUAUAUAUAUAUAUAUAUAUAUAUAUAAUUGUAAAUAAUAUUAAAUUACUGACAUUUUUUACCUCUUGAAUGGAUUACAAUAAUUCUCCACAAGGCGCAAGUUGUGACCUGUUGCACCAUGUAAUUUACACUUGUGAGAUUGUCAAUGAUUGCCUAUAGGCAGCAUUUAUCUGUCUAUUUAGAAGAUGUUUUACUAAGAAGAAUACAUAAAGCUUUCUAAUUUUUUGAAAUGGUGUUCUGACGUAUGCAAACAAUACAAUCGAAUUAAAUAGUAUCGCAUUUAAGAUUUUAUGUAUAAGAAUGGUUUCAUAUUUUUAAUUCAAUUUUGCAUGAUAUAACAUUAUAGUCCCUAUUUUAAUUCUUGCCAGUUAACAAACAGAAGCAGGCAAUAGUAUGAGUAUAUCCACCAUUUACAUAAUCCCUUGGUCAAUGGUUUUUCCAAUUGCUACAAAACCAGGUCAUUGCUGGACUCAAAACGCAACAGUCAUUAACAGCAAUCCUAACGGAUACUUGAGGCAUCCAAUCUUAGUGGCCCUAAGUUACAUACAUCCAAUGCCAUUUGUUAUAAGGCAAGCAUAGCUGGCUUGUAGGUUCUCUUUGUAUAUGCCAAUUAUGGCAUGUAGCAGGAUAUUGCUGGCUGCCCAUGUCUUCUAGUUUUCUGUGAUCUGAUGAUGCAGCUCAAGCUGAAGGGCUGGAUGUAGCCUCUGUACCCGGAACAGAUCAGGAUUGCCGUGUACCUGUACUAUGGUUGACAAUCUAGAGAUCAUGAGCUUUAGUUGACAACUAAAGCACUGAGAUCAUUGUUACUGGCUCUCACUGCGAUCACUUGGUACUGGAUUAGGAUUGUUGGAUUAGUCUUAGAAUGGACAUUUAUGGUUAGCAUUUAAUUAAUAUUUGCUUCGUUUAUUCAGGAUGUUAUUUAGGGGUAAUUGGUAUGUUUGUUGGAAUAUUUCACUGCUUAUAACAAAAGCAAGGGCCCGACUUACGCCGUUUUGUGAUUCCAGCGGGAACAAAUUUUAGAAUGCAAAUUCCUCCACACACUAGGUCUGCCUGUUACAACCUAUGAACACCAUUGAGUCUUAAUUCUGGCAACCUCUAAAAAUCUCCCAUCCCUCUAAAACUCUACCAAGUAAGAACCUCUUAAAGGACAUUUACUGAGCAACCGGAUGUACACUUACACUUAUUUACUGUAGUUUUGACAGUUGUUUGUAACUCUGUUUCUUGACGUAUAAGAUAAUUUAAGAUAUGACUUCUCAUCUUGACACCUGGUUUCUUUAUUAUUAUGAAAAUUCAAGUAACAUAUUCAAAGUAAAAAUUAGAAUCGUGAGUCAGUGUAAAUUCCCUAGAAAAAUGUUAUUAAAAAAAAAACUGGUAAACUACAAAAGGGGUAUUGCAUUACUCAACAAAAGAAGCUAAGCCCAAAGUGUUAUUUUAAACUUGACGUCCUAGACAUAUGAGGCAUUUCUAAAAUGAAAUAGUGUAAAUUUAUAUACCGAGUCACUUUAAGCACCAUAAACAUUAUAGUGCACUGCAGAGGGUUAUGGUGCUAAAAGUUCAAUGACACUGCCCCAUGGUAAGGAGUUAAAAAUCUUCUAACAAAUUGAUUUACCUUGGUACUCCAAGCACCCAUGGUCAAUCUCUCUUCUAUGAUAUAGCUACGUUGGAAGGUUCCUUUCAAAAUAAAUAGAUGCUAUUUGGACUUAUUUUAUUGGUUGAUAGCUUCUUUAUCGAACAAUUAAAUCAUCCAAACAUGGCCAGAAUUGCUAUCUCUAAUGCAGAAAGGAAACGUCGGCAUUAGCAAUACCAAAGAAGAAGCAUUGACACAUGAGGAUUACAGUUUAAAAAAAACAAAACAAAAAACCUCUUUGACAUUUUGCCUCAUGACAUAGUCAGAGAACUCUCGGCACCAUAACCAUUACAGAAACUGAAGCUGUGGCCAUCACCAUUCAUUGGCUUACAGCAUCAGCUGAUCACUCAGCAAGUGACUGACAUUUUGUCCAGUGAAAUUUGCAAUGAAUUGAUAGUAACCUGGACUGGCCGAUGACACCACAAUGACGCUGUCUGAGGUGGGGCAAUCAGUACUCCAGACCCUAGGUUGGCUCUUGUAUAGAUAGCAUCUAGGUCCCAGUUUGUUCCUCAGUAAAGCUCAAAGGAAACAUCUAAUUUUCUAAUUUUCACAAGGUCCCGUUACACGGACACUGUAAGCACCAAAAUUACUUUAAGCCUAAUGAAGCAGCUUUGGUGUUUAGAUCAUUCUCCAGCAUUCUCCCUCCUCAAUUCACUGCUAUUUAGGAGUUAAAUUAAUUUUGUUUGUUUUAUAUAUCCCUAGCCAUACAUCCCUUGCUGUGACUCACCACAGUACAUUAUACACCCUCCACGCAGCUAAUGGGCCCUGGUGAGGCUGCACCAGUAGUAGUUCUGGUAGCUAGUGUAUAAACAAAUUGUAGAGGUACUUGCUUCCUCUUCAUCUUUAAAGGAACACUAUAGUCACCUAAAUUACUUUAGUUAAAUAAAGCAGUUUUAGUGUAUAGAUCAUUCCCCUGCAAUUUCACUGCUCAAUUCACUGUCAUUUAGGAGUUAAAUCACUUUGUUUCUGUUUAUGCAGCCCUAGCCACACCUCCCCUGGCUAUGAUUGACAGAGCCUGCUUGAAAAAAAAAACUGGUUUCACUUUCAAACAGAUGUAAUUUACCUUAAAUAAUUGUAACUCAAUCUCUAAAUUGAACUUUAAUCACAUACAGGAGGCUCUUGCAGGGUCUAGCAAUCUAUUAACAUAGCAGGGGAUAAGAAAAUCUUAAUUAAACAGAACUUGCAAUAAAGAAAGCCUAAAUAGGGCUCUCUUUACAGGAAGUGUUCAUGGAAUGCUGUGCAAGUCACAUGCAGGGAGGUGUGACCAGGGUUCAUAAACAAAGGGAUUUAACUCCUAAAUGGCAGAGGAUUGAGCAGUUAGGCUGCAAGGGCAUGUUCUAUACACCAAAACUGCUUCAUUAAGCUAAAGUUGUUCAGGUGACUAUAGUGUCCUUUUAAGGUAUCAGUAUAACCUAACUUAGACAAAAAGUUUAUUGUGGUCUUUCAGGGGAAUUGGUCCCACUUUAUCUUUGGUGGUCUGACAUUUUCUGGAAAAAAUAGGCAUGUUUCUGAACAAAGAAAAACAUUAACUGGAACUCAUCCUACAUUUAUGGUAGAAAAAGCUCUUUUUUUCCUCAAGAUCACAAACCUGGGAGACCUUGCCAUCCUUAUCUUUUACACAAUGAGCUGUUCAAAUCCUGGCAAACAUAAGACAUUUUCAGUGGUUUCUUCUAAAUAUGAAAAAGUGGAGACCUUCUCAUAUAAUGUAUAGAAGAAUGGAUUUUCCCUUCAACAUAAACUUGUUUCUUUGUUGUUUAAAUCAACACUGUAGGCACAAGGACCACUAAAACCUGGAGAUUUUUUUUUGUCACUGGAUAGAUUGAAUCACAUACCUCAGCUGCCAAGUAAGCAUGAGGAGCAGCAAUCUUCAUCAUCUGAUAUCUAGGGAGAGAAAUUUAGGUGUGUGUGACGAUACAGACUAAUAUCGUCCGUGGGUACUUCCACUAACUUGCACAGCUGAUCACUAUACUAAGUGCUAUGACCUGGGCUUGGAGUCCCUUUAUCCACCAGCAUUCACUUUAAAGCAGAUCUUGGAUAGUUACAGCAAGAAAAGAGACAACCAGCUUCUUUCUUGGAACCAAGCCAGUUCAAGCUAACUCUUGGUAGGUGGGGCACUGUUACAGGUAGUGCGGCUUCGCUGUAUGGUAGUGGUGAGAUGUGAAGAUUUACAGUAUACACAUACAUAUAUUUACAGUAGUAUAGGGCAACCGUAUACAGAAAUUAGUAAUGCAUAAAGUAGAUCUAAUAUAAUUCUCAAUAUUUGUGACAUAGCUGUAGUUGAUAUAUCAUUAAUGUUAAGCCCUGAAUUUGUAGACAUAAACGCUUUAGUAAGUCUCUUUUUACAUGUAGAUAGAUUCAUAUUAAUGUAAAUAGCAAACCUGUCCUUUGCAGCUUUCACUUUUUCUUGGGACUGAAUAAGCAGUUGUGGCAUCUGUUUUACGGUGUAAUCUCACAUGAGGACCUGAGAAUUUUAUGUUGUUUUUGAUCUGUACCAAAUAUGGAAUGUGCUGCAGGUUUUUUUCUGAGCUUUUUUUUUUUUUUCUGAGCUUUUUAGUCUCAUAAAUAUUUGGUGGAAAGAGAAACAUGCACAGUGCUGUGAGAGCUAUUAAAUACAUUUUUUUCCAUUUCCCUUUUUUAACACUAGCAGAAGGAAAUACAAAUAUAAAAAGUCUCUAAGCUAAAUGUGUAAUACCAAAUAUAACUUCUGAGAAAUUCACAGGAAAUAAGUACACUUGUAAAAAUAAAAAGAGAUCUCUAAAACAAAAUAAUUUUAAUUGACUAUAAUUAUAGUAAAAGUGCAGGCAUAUUGCUAUAGUUAGCUCCUAGGAGAGCUGCAUAUAUGCAGCAUAUUCAUCUUUUAUGUGAUGUACUGUUUAUUAUUUAGUAUAGAAACUUAGAAUACAUGCUUUUUGUACCUUAUACUUGGGUAAACUCCAGUGUUAUUAAUAAAUACAUAUAUUUUUUAAUGGUGAUGUGUUGUGGAGUUUAUUGGCCUCCUGUGUAAAGGAAAAAAAGUUUUCUUCUGCACUAGCCAGAGCAGCAAUGGGUGGUAGUGAUUAGCUGAGACCAUCUGCUGAAUGAUCAUCAUAUACAUAUGUUGGUAUCUUCAGUGGGACAUGGCUGCGAACACCUAGGGACCAUGCCUCAGUGUUGAACAGUUUGAAAAUAGCUUAAUACUGAGUUGAUAUAUGGCACCAGGGAAGUCAGGUGCUGUAACAAUCGCAAUGAUCUAAAGUAGUUAUAAUGCAUAGAGCAUCACUUUAAGUUUUGUUGAUCUCCAAACCAAUCAAAUGCUUCUCACAGUGAAGCAUUGGCCAGCAGAAUGCAUUUAUUGCAAUUGAAGUAGACACUCUGAUAACCACUAGGACUUCUGCAAGCUUUAGGUUUUGGAGUUUUCAUUUUAAAGGACAUUCUAGUCUUUCUUAUGUAAAAAAAAUUUCAAUAGUUUAACUCGUCAAACUGUCAUGCUAGAAAUUAUAAAGAUCUUUCCCAAGCUGUUGCCAUAAAGUUGGAAGCAUCCAAUCGCCUAAAAUGUCUUUGUAUCCUGUAGUAUUAAGACUACCCUUCACUGGAACUGAGGAGUAUUGCCCAAACCUAGAAAAACAGCCAGACCAUUGUGUCUCCUCCUCCUGUCUCCAGUAGGCACCAUGGUGUUGAUAAUACGUACUACCUACUACAAUAUCGGUUGGGCCCUCACAAAGUUUUUAUUGCUAUGCAAGAUAGCUGGCAUUAUUUUCUGCAUUUUGUGCCUCUAGACUCUCCAGAAGCUUAUUUUUAGGGCUGAGCCACUGAGAGAAUUUUGCAAAUCCUGUUACAGCUCCUGGUCCUACAUGUCUCUCUCCAAUUGGAAACUCCAAUCAAGCCCCCAGAUACUUUCUCGAAAUGUAGUGUCCCUUAUGGUGUCUGCAUUUAUUUAAAUUCUGUGUUGGAUGUCCUAGCAUUAUCCUUUUUUUUUUUUUUUGUGUGUCAAUCUUUCAUUAUUCAAAAGUCACAGAAUGAAUACAGUACAAUAUAUAAAAAGAUAUGAGAGAAUAAUGGUUAAAGACACAACAUAGCUUAACAAGAGGACAUAGCAUCCGGAUUGGAAACUGGAACUGGAGUUUUUCUAUUUUAAGUAUAGUAAGUAAAAGUACAAUAGUAGCUUUAACCCCUUAAGGACCAAACUUCUGGAAUAAAAGGGAAUCAUGACAUGUCAUGUGUCCUUAAGGGGUUAAAGGACCACUAUAGGCACCCAGACCACUUCAGCUUAAUGAAGUGGUCUGGGUGCCUGGUCCAACUAGGGUUAACCCUUUUUUUAAUAAACAUAGCAGUUUCAGAGAAACUGCUAUGUUUAUAAUCGGGUUAAUCCAGCCUAUAGUGGCUGUCUCAUUGACAGCCGCUAGAGGCGCUUGCGUGCUUCUCACUGUAAAAAUCAGUGAGAAGACGCCAGCGUCCACAGGAAAGCAUUGUAAAUGACGUCGCUAUGAAGGAGGAGGAGAGGAGGAGGAGAGCUCCCCGCCCGACGCUGGAGAAAGGUAAGAUUUUAAACCCUUCCUCUCCCCAGAGCCUGGCGGGAGGGGGUCCCUGAGGGUGGGGGCCCGCUCAAGGCACUAUAGUGCCAGGAAAAUGAGUAUGUUUUCCUGGCACUAUAGUGGUCCUUUAACAGGAUGCUACCUGUAUUUGUGUGAAGUUUAAUGGUAUUAAUAUAGAUAACUUAAGGCAGGUAGCGUCUGAUGCCUCUAGGUAAUAUAAGCAUAAUUAAAAGGUCAAAGCCUUACCAUAGGUAAUAGAGGCCAUAACCCCCUCAAAAAGUCAGGAAAUAUAAACUUCAAAUGAUAAGUGAGUGAGGGGGUGUUAGUUAGCUGAUAUGUCAGGCAUAGUAAGGGCUAUCAGCCGGUAACUAGUAAAAUAGUGAGAUGAACCACAUAUCAUCGCAUACUUGCAGUAUUUCAGCAACGGAAAACAUAAGAUAUUAACCCCUUAAGGAUGGCGGGCGUGCUAUGCCGUCUUUGGGGACACAGUUCUAAACGCCGGCGGGCAGCAUAGCACGUCCACGCCAUCCAGUGGACUUACCUGCUCGCCAGCGAUCGCGAUGGGGGGACUUACCUGGCAGAGUCCCCCUGCUGCUGAUCCGGCCCUCCUGGGCCGUGUGAUCGCGUGAUCCUUGCGAGGACCUCACAAUCACAUGGACGGAAUAGCCAUCCAUAGCAGUACCAGCAGGGGGAGUGCCUGGAAUGACAGGUAGUCCCCCUGCUGCCUGUAAAUAAAGGUUAAAAACUGUUUAAAAUAAUUUGUUUUAUCUAUAUACACAUACACUAAGUGUAAUUUAAUAUUAAUAUAAAAAAUACACUUAGAAUGAUAUUAAUUAAAUAAAUAUAUUAAUUAAAUAAAUAUAUAAUAUAUAAAAUAAAUAUAUAAAUACGUUAAAAAUGAAAAAUAAUGAAAAAAUAUAUAUGUGUAAUUUCGUUUUAACUGUAUUUUGAUAUCAAAAUAUAUAUAUAUAUAUAUAUAUAUAUAUAUAUAUAUAUAUAUAUAUAUAUAUAUAUAUAUAUAUAUAUAUAUAUAUAUAUAUAUAUAUAUCUAUCUCAAAAUACCCUUAGAACGAAAUAAUAUAAAUAUAUAUAUAAAUAUAUAAAUAUAUUUCCACGAUCCCAGCACUCUAGUUCCCGGUCUUUAAUGAUGCUCAGGUGCCAACUCCAGCCAUAGUAUAAGAAGGAAGAUGAGAGCACUCUGGAGACUGUAGUAGUAAAGUAGAAAUGCUUUUAUUUAGCACAAAUAAACAUCAAUGUUUCAGUCCUCCUGGACUUUUCUCAAGACAAGUGCUAAGUGCCAGAUAACAGUUAUAUAUACACAAGCUGUGAGAUAAUUGGAGGGUGAACAGCAGAGAGCAAGACUGGUGAUGUCAGAGAUAACAUAAUCAUACCAAAUUUAACCAUGUGAUAGAAGGUUAGAAAUAAUAUAUACAAAGAAACAAUUAACUCUAUAACGUAUGAUAAGUGGAGACCUGAUAAAAAGAAAACUGGAUCGACAGAGAGAAGUGGGGUGAUAGUUAUGUGAGAACAGAAAUUAUCAAAGAACCUAAUUCAGUGAUUGUUCCAGUCAUGAAAAGGAGGAGGAAUCUUAAAUUAACAGGCAUAAUUAAUUGCAAUGUAAAUUAUACAAGUAUUGCAUAAAAAUGUUAUGUAGCAAACAAUAUAGCAAUAAAAAUGAAACACAUGGAGAUAAAUUGCUACAAGAGAUACAUAAGAUACAGUGGGCAAGCUGAGGUUUGCAGGGAAAUUAGUUCUAAUCAAUUAGCGUUUGGGAAGGAAACAAUAUAAAUGUGACAGAGAUGCACAACUUUUGAGAAGGGAGGCAUACUGGAUUUACACUGGAUUGGGGACACUAGCCCCACACGGACUGAAUAAGAAUAACCCUUUAUAUUGUUUCCUUCCCACACGCUAAUUGAUUAGAACUAAUUGCCCCGUGAACCUCAGCUUGCUCACUGUAUAUUAUGUAUCUCUUGUAGCAUAAAAAAUGAAAAAUGUUACAUGCUAUAUUUGACCCGGUAACUUCCCAAAACAACAUAAAACCUGUACCUAGGGGGUAAUGUUUUACACGUGAGAUAUUGCUGAAUACAAAUAUGUGUAUUUUAUUGCAGUAAAAGCAAAACAGCAUUAUGACAUUCACAGUUAAUAUGUAAUGCAGAACUAAAUUUUUUUUUAAAAUUCUUAAUUUCUCUCAUUUUUAAAAUAUUUUUUUGUGUGUAAUAUUUUUUAUUGAGUUUAAAAUAGUGGUAACAGAUGCACACAAUUGUACAGUUGCAGAAUAACAAUUACAUUUCGCUUUAUACAUCUUUAGGAAGUGUUUCAUACUUCGUCCAGUGUUUGGGAACCCCAACAACUUGUUGGGGAGGCCAGUCACAGCAUCUCAGUGCCAUAGCAUUUUAACGUUGUGGCUUGCACCUGUACCAGUGUUAUUUGACAACUAACCUAGUCUUGCGACUAGGUAUCACCCUAUUAUUGUAGGGGGGGGGGAAGAGGAGGGAUGGAGGGGAAGGUCGGUUUGGAACGUCUGGAAGUGUUUCCAAGAGUUAGCUAGUGCCAUGACUGCCAUCCUGUGUGGCAUUUUGUCGCCAUGCUGUCCAUGUCUGCCACGCUGUUUGCCAGGCUUUAUUUGUCGGCCUUAGUCGCCUAGCUUCUAUCUCAUACCCUUGGGUAGUGUCUAUCAUAUCUAGGCAUCGUUGAGUGCUGGGUGGGUGUGUGCUCAACCAAGUCUUGCUUAUAGCCAUUAGUGCUGUGAUAAUAAUGUGGUAUGUUAGGUACAUAUCAGCUUUUGAGAGCUUAUGUGGCAGGGCUAGCAGUAAAUAUGUUUCUGGGGAGUGUGGCAGAGUAUUGCCAGUGGAUUUGGUUAUGAUAUUCGAGACGCUUUUCCAAAAGGGCCUAAUUCCUAGGCAGGUCCACCAUAUGUGGAGCAUUGACCCCGGUUCCUGUAAGCAUCUCCAGCAUGUCCCUGACUUACUUGGGUCCAUUUUGCUCAGCCUGGUGGGUACCAUGUACCAGCGAUAUAACACUUUCCUGCUAGUCUCAAUAUGGGAUGCAUUUAGUGUGAGAUUUUUGUGUGCUAACAGUAUUUUUGACCAUACCUCAUUGGAUAUAGUCAGAUUCAGGUCUUUUUCCCAUGCCGUCAUGAAGCUUAAUUUCUGUGAUUGGUCUUGUUUUUUGGUCAGUUUAUACAGGAGUGACAGCAUUUUCUGUGGCGGUUUUGGGGCCAUACAUACUUUUUCUAUCUCUGUCAGUGUCUGUGGUUGCGUUUGUGCAGCUUCUAGACCUAUAUUCUUCCUCGCCCAUGAUUGCAAUUGUAAGUAUGAGAAAAAGGCUUUGGGAGGUAGGUUGUACUGGUUGGAUAGAGUACUAAAGUCUAGUAGGCGACCGUCCCUCAUUAAGUGCGAUAGGCGUGUGGCUCCGUGUUUGCACCAUAGGCCAUGAUCGAACCCCGGAAUGAGGAGUUGGAAUGCUGGAAUUUGUAGUGCUGGGGAUAUGUAUGAGGUGGGAUAGUGUUUCUUGGUAUACUUGUCCCAUAGGAGGAGUGUGGCCCUCGUGGUUGGGCAUAUGUCAGGGUAUUUUGGUCUCAGAUGCCUAGGUAUCCAAGCAAGGGUGGACAUCGAGAGUCCGCCCGUGUUUGCGGUUUCUAUGUGACUCCACUUUGGUGGUAUUAUGUAGUGGAAGGAGGAUACAAGUGUGCUCAUCAUGGCAGCUGUGUAAUAGUUUGCGAUCUCAGGGGCCCCCAUUCCUCCCUCCUUGAAUGGCCUAUACAUGGUGUCGGCCGCCGUUCGAGGUCGUUUCCCAUCCCAUAUGAAUUGAUUUAGGAAGUGCUGUGCGUCUUUAAGGAAUUGGCGUGGUAGCUGUAUUUGGAGUGUUCUAAAUAAGUACUGUAGUCGUGGUAGUACCAUCAUUUUAACUGCCGCUAUUCUGCCUGGCCAUGAGAUGUAUUUCCCUUUCCAGCUAUGUAAUUGUUGUUUAAUUGCGCUAAGGAGUUUUAAAUAGUUCGCUUUAUACAGCUUUUGCGUCUUGGGUGUGAGAUCUAUACCUAGGAAGGUCAAAUGGUCAGUUCGCCAGUCAUAUGUGUAUGUGCUUUGUAGGUGGGUAAGUUGUUCUUUAGGGAUAUUGAGGCCCAUAGCUUGUGUCUUGGUGACAUUGAGCUUGUAGUAUGAGCAGUUGCUAAAUUUUGUUAGUAUAGUUCGAAGCCGUGGCAGAGAAAUGUCAGGUUUAGACAGUGUGAGCAUUACAUCGUCAGCAAAUAGGGUAAUUUUGUGUGUUUCUCCCCCUAUUUGUAUUCCAUGGACCUCAUGUGACUCCCUAACGUGUUGAGCCAGGGGUUCUAGUGCUAGUAUAUAUAGUAAGGGUGAGAGUGGGCAGCCCUGUCUGGACCCAUUGGAGAUGUGGAAGGGUUUGGAGGUAAACCCGCCGUUGGCUAUUUUUGCUGUCGGGUUGUCAUAUAGUGCCGAGACUAGUGUGAUGAAGCACUCGGGAAAUGCGAGUUUCCUUAGCACAGCCUCCAGGUAUCCCCAGUGCAGCCUGUCAAACGCCUUCUCAGCGUCUAGUGACAGUGCCACACUGGGGGUCCCGGUUUUCUGGAUCUUGUGCAGGAUGUUGAUCAGUUUCCUGGUUCCGUCUGAGCCUUGCCUACCCCGGACAAACCCCACUUGAUCAUCUCGAAUCAGGGAUGGUAAUAUGUUUCCUAGCCUAUUUGCGUAAAUUUUCGCUAAUAUUUUUAAAUCAGUGUUUAGUAGCGAUAUAGGACGCAGGUUCUGGCAUUUAGUUGGGGGCUUCCCUGGUUUUGGCAGUGUGGUUAUGUGGGCUAGCAGCAUUUCCCUUGGUAUAGAGCCUGUCGUGAGAAUAUUGUUGUACAGUUUUUCCAAUUUGGGGGUGAGACUGUGGGAGAAAAUUUUAUAGUAUAAGUUCGUGAAGCCGUCUGGGCCUGGUGACUUCCCCUUUGGGAGGGCUUUAAUAAUGCUUGCAAUUUCAGUUUGGGUAACGGGAGCUUCCAAUAGAGUCUGGUCUGCCUCCGAUAGUUUCGGCAGCUGUACUUCCAUUAAAAAUGCGUCUAUCUCCUUUGGGAGUGGCUGGUGUGUCUGCUGAUCCCUUUUCAGGUUAUAUAGUGUAUCAUAGUAGUCCGCUAACGCGUUGUUUAUAUCAUGUGGGCUAUACAUUUUAUUGCCUAUAGCGUUCAAUAGAAAUGGGAUUUUUGCAUUUUGCCGUUUCUGUCGCAGAAGUGCUGCCAGUGUCUUCCCUGCCUUGUUUCCCUGGGUGUAUGUUUUGAGUUUCAAUUUAUGUGAUAUGGUAGCUGUGGUGCGCAGGUGUAUGUCAUUUAGUUUCCCUUGAAGCUGGGCUAUGCGCUGCUGUGUGGAGGGGGAUGGGUGCAUAAUAUGCGCCGAUGUUUCGUCCCUAAGUGACCUCAGGAGGUCUAUAUACUCUUUCUUUGCUUGCUUGUUCAGGUGGGAUGCCUGGCUAAUCAGGAGGCCUCGUAUGACUGCUUUAUGUGUUUGCCAUGUUGUGGCUAGUGAGACCUCGGGUGUUUCGUUUAAGGUAAAGAACGAAAGUAUCUCUUCGUUAAGUUUGGUUUUAAAUUCUUGGUUAUGGAGGAGAGUGUCGUUUAGGCGCCAGAGUGUCGCCCCUCUGGUCUGAAAUUUGUCCCUCAGGGUAAGUUGUACUGGUGCGUGGUCUGACCAGAUUAUGUUCCCUAUCUCACUAUGCGUUGCCAUUGGUAACAUGUCGCCCGAAAUUAGAAUAAAGUCAAUUCUUGUGUAUGUUUUAUGUACUGGUGAGUAAAAUGUGAAUUCCCGUUCAUUCGGAUGCUGUGUCCUCCAAAUAUCAUAAAGCCCGUGUUCGGAGAGGAGCUUCGUGAGUGCUAUAGCCUGUUUUCCCUGUAUUUUGCUCCUGGGUGUUGUUUCCGACAGUGUAGUGUCUAAUCGGGGUUGCAUGAUGUGAUUUAAGUCUCCGCAUAUGAUUGUGGAUGAUUGGUACGUGUUAGGUAGUUUAUUUAGUACUUUCUGUAGGAAGUUUCUUUGAUUACUGUUUGGUCCGUAUAGUCCCACUAUUGUGUGUAGGGUGUCGUUGAUUUUACCGUGUAGUAUAAGAUACCUGCCUUGUGUGUCUUUUUUGAGUCGGAGAAGUUCGAAUGCUAUUGAGGUGUGUAUGAAGAGGGAGACGCCCCUCGAUUUAGAGGAGUAUGUCGAGUGGUAUUGUGUGGGGUAUUCUCUGUCUGCAAAUCUGGGCACUCUGUUGUGUACAAAGUGAGUUUCUUGGACACAUAAGAUAUCUGCUUUAGCACGCUUCGCGUCCUCAAUGCAGAGUCUCCUUUUGUGUGGGGUGUUCAGUCCACGUGCAUUAAUAGUUUGUAUUCUCAUACUAUGGGAGGGUUAUAUAGUGUAGCUGUCUAGGUCUCGCUUGUCCUUGUCUGAUGUUGCCCCCACAUUGGGAAUGGGAAUAUUGUGUGGCUGUGUUGCCUGUUGGUUCUAGGAUAGCAUUGGCGUGUCGUUGCAUAAUGUACACCAUUAGGUAGUGGUAUGGAUUUGGAGAUGUGUUAGUUCCAUUUGUGGGUAGUGGCCGACCUUGGGGAUGUGGGAUUAGGGGAGGAGAACUAGGGGAAGGUAUAAAAACUAUGUACAGAGUAUUCCUUUCAAGGAAUUUAUGUGGGUAGACCACAUCUGGGGGGUAAGAAAGAAAGGAUCUUUCCAUUAACGUGGCUAUUUGGGCACCCUUGUGGUUCGUGUUUGUGGCUGCUUCUAGUAUGCGGUUGGGCCAAUCAGUGCCUAUGGACCGAUCCGGGCCCUUGGAUGUAAUCCCGGUAAGGGCGUGACAGGCUGAGAGAGGCCGGGGCCAGACGUCCUCGUCUGAAUUAGAGUGUACAUUGGCGUGCCAUCCGUUGGGGUGGUCUGGCUAUAUGUGCUGAAGACCUGUCAUGAACGCUAACGUUGGCUCAAAGGGGCCCUAUGUACGUGUAUGUUAACAGUCAACUAUAGCUCAUGCAUUCUAAGUAAAAACAUAACCUGCGGUAACUUUUUUACCCUGCUAACCGUCCCGCCUCCCGGCCUGUCUCCCGCCCCCCCCACCCCAACGGCCAAGAAAACUUCCCCGGAAUCUCCCCAUCCCCCACCCGGGCCCCAGUGUCCCAUUGUCCCAUUAGACCUGUUGGUAGGAGCGUAUAACGCUGUAGUUCUGCAGCUUGUCUCAGCAGCUCCAAAGUCUCAUGGUCCAUCUGGUUGUGGUGUCAUGCCUCCCAUCUCCCGGGUAAACCUUCUGGCCUCACCUGAGUUGGAGGCUGCCCCGGUCGUUGCUCACCUGGACCCGGGGGGGGAGUGGAGGCGAGAUGGGGGGUAGAGGGGGGAGGAAGGCCCAUCACCUCAGGGUAUUAGUCCAGACCGGGGACCCCCGCGGGAAUCCACUGCUCUGCGCACGCUUCGUCACAGGGUCAGCGGGGGGCCCCGAUCCAGAGUCACUUAUCCAUCGGGGUCCUCAGUUACCAGUUUUUGUCCAGCUUUGUUGUGCAUUCCAGGGUCGCCAUAUUGAAAGGAGGCACUUCAGGUGCGUAUCCAGGACAUUAUAUGGGCAGUGUAUAUCCGAAGGGGCUUUCGCCUGCGUACCAGAUACCGUCUGGUUUCAGUGUUUCCCGUGGGCUUUUUCCCAGUCCGGUUUGAGGGUGCCCGCCUUUCUUGUUUGCAGGAUAGGCGGCUCCACCGGCAGGUUCCAGGCCUGGAGUUUCUUCAGGCCGUCGUCAGGGGAAUUUAUCACUACCGUGUCUCCAUUUUGCGUAACGAUCAACUUUGUGGGGAAUCCCCACCUAUACCUUAUGCCGUGGGACCUCAACGUGCUGGUAACUUGGAGGAAGUCUUUUCUUUUUCGUAGUGUUGCGGCUGACAGAUCCGCAUAGAUUUUGACCGUUGGGUAGUCGGCCGGCGGCUUAGCUCUCAGCCUGCUGCUCCGGAGGAUGUGUUCCUUUAUGUGGAAAUAGUGCGCCCGCAAUAGUAUGUCCCGCGGUACUGUUUGUGGGAGAUGACGGGGUUUCGGAAUGCGGUGAGCCCGAUCUACCAGCAGCAUAUCUGUAGGUAUCUCCGGUGCAUGGGCGUGCAGGAGGUUCCUGACAUAAGCUGGCAGGUCGUCGUUAGUGACAUCCUCAGGGACUCCCCGCAAGCGUAAAUUAUUCCGGCGGGACCGGUCCUCCAUGUCCGCCAUUUUUUCUUCCAUAAUGGUGAUCUUUGCUGCUAUGCGCUCUACGUUCGUGGCCAGAUCGUUGUGCGCUGUGGCGAAUUCAUCGCACUUAUCCUCCAUGUGCGUCGUCCUUUUCCCCAGCUCCUGGAUGUCCUUCCGUAAGGAGUCCGCUGUGUGUUGCCAUGUGGUGAUUAGUUUAGCAGAUAAGACCUCCAGAGCUGCUGUGAGGUCGGCUUUAGUAAUCUGUGUUGUGUCAGCUUUUGCCUCCGAGUCGGUAUCAUGCAUGCCGUCGUCCGAUUCAGGAUCCUCGGCUGCUUUUGAGGCCUGCGUAGCCAGGGCCGCAGGAGUUUGUUUCUGGCUAAAAAAAUUAAGCUUGUCCGGCUUUACCGAGCUCCUUUUACUUUUGUGGUGGGACAUUGCUGGUCUAUGUUGUUGGAUGCAGCUUUAGGCGGUUGGAUUACGCUGGAUUGGGUGCCCUGUUGCCGGAGCAAGUUUUCAUGCUGCCAUCUUGCUCCGUGGUUAGCCACGCCCCCUCCAUUUUUAAAAUAUUUUAUUCAUAUUAAACUAUGUUUCAUAGCUCAGUGUGUGAUGUUAAAUGAAAGCCCUAUUUCUCCUGAAUAAAAUGAUAUAUAAUAAGUGGGGGUGCACUUAAUAUGAAAGAGGUGAAUUACGGUUGAACGGACAUAUAGUCAAAUUCCAAGUUUUGUUUACGGUUUAUUUUGAUCAAAACGUGUACAUUUGGCUCAGUCCUUAACCCCUUAACGACAGUUGACGGACGAGGUCCGUCACAGAAAGGAGACCCUUAAUGACGAGUAACGGACCUCGUCCGUCACGCGGUAAAAUUAACCCUGGAUCGCCGCUAUCGCGGCGAUCGCGGGGUUAAUGGUACCCCGGUACGCCUCUGCAUUAGAGGCAUACCGGGAGCACCCGGUCAGGCUGCCCAGCACAUGUGCUCGCUUUGACCGCAAGUCAGAGCGAGCACAUGUGCUCUGUAUACUUACCUUCCGGCUCCCUGCACUUCCUGGUUCUGUGUGAAGUGCAGGGAGCCAGAACAGUGCUGAUCCUGCCCCCUGCUGUUAAAAAAAAUAAAGUUAAUUUAAAGUCCCCCCCCCCCUUACCCAUUUUAAUAAAAGAUUAACCCCUUCCCUGCCAAUUGAUCACUGACUACAGUGAUCAAUUGGCAGGGACUACAUUUUACUAUGAUCUGAUUUAUUUUUUUUACCCCUGAGGGUUAAUUCUUUUUUUUAAUUUUUUUUUUUUAAACCCUCAGGGGUUAAAUUUAUUUAAUUAAUUAAUUACAAUAUUUUAAAAUAAUAUAUUUAGCUAGCUGGGGUGGGUGGAAGUUAGUGGGGAAUUGGGGGAUUUGGUGUUAGGCUAACUAGGGGUUAAUGUUAAAAAAAGUUUUAAAAUAAACUUUAAAAAGUAAAAAAUUAAGCUUAAAAAAAUGUUUUAAUAACAUUUAAGUAAAAAAAAAAAACCCUUUACCUAGUCCAAAUAAAAAUUAACCCCGUCCCUGCCAGUCGAUCACUGCCUACAGCGAUCAAAUAGAGAUCACAGUAUUAUACUGUGAUCUAAUUUUUUUUAACACCUGAGGAUUAACUUUUAUUUAUUUUUUAACCCUAUGGGGUUCAAUUUAUUUAAUUAAUUAAUUUAAAUAUUGUAUAACUAUAUAUUUUGCUAGCUGGGGUGGGUGGGAGUUAUGGGAAAAUGGGGAAUUUACUGUUAGUGCUGCGUACUGCUAGUUAGGGGUUAACUAAAAAAAAAAAAGCUUAGAAAAAUGUUAAAUCUGUAAAAAAGUUUUAGGAAAGUUUAAAAAAAUUAAUAAGCAAAACAAAAGUUUAAAAACUAGUUUUUAAAAGUAAAAAAGUUAUAAAAAGUAAAAAAAAUACAUUUAAAAAACGCUCAUUACCACUACACCUGGAACAAACUAGAGAAAAAAUUAUCCCACGCCAAGGUUCAAAAUAUGCCUUUUGAAUUACCCCAGGGUGUAUUCUUUAAUAAAUAGUAUGUGUUUGUGGGGAAGUUUCAAUAACCAACCAUCUAAACUACUCCAAAUUGGAACAUGGACACAGCGUAAAACUUCAAAGUUAGAAAAAAACUGAAUGGCUGCGUCUCAAAUGCGCCCCUUCAACAUCCACAUAUACCUGGCAAAGGUACAUACGGGGGUAUUGCUGUACUCAGCCGACAUAGCUGAGCAACAUAUGAAGUAUUAUACAGUCAUAGCACACAUAAGGUUUGCAAAAUAUGCUGCGCAAACUCACUUUGUAUGUCAAAAAGGCAGAAAAAUGCUUAUUACCACUACACUUGGUACAAGCUAGCGGAAAAAUGAUCCCACGCUAAGGUUCAAAAUAUGCCUUUUGAAAUACCCUGGGAUGUCUUCUUUAAGAAAUGGUAUGGCUUUAUGGGGUAUUUGGAUUAUAUAGCCUGGUAAAAUACUCUAAAAUGGGACAUAGGCACAGCAUAAAAAUUCAAAGUUUGAAAAAAACUGGAAUGGCUGUGUCCCAAAUGUGCCCCUCCAAUGUCCACACAUACCUGGCAAAGGUACAUACGGGGGUAUUGAGGUACUCAGCCGACAUAGCUGAGCAACAUAUGAAGUAUUCUACAGUCGUAGCACACAUAAGGUUUGCAAAAUAUACUGUGCAAACUCACUUUGUAUGUCAAAAAGGCAGAAAAAACGCUUAUUACCACUACAUCUGGUACAAGCUAGCGGAAAAAUGAUCCCACGCUAAGGUUCAAAAUAUACCCUUUGAAACACCCUGGGGUGUCUACUUUAAGAAAUGGUAGGCCUUUGUGGGGUAGUUUGAAUUUAAAACCUGCGAAGAUGCUUGGAAAUUGCACAUAGGCCCAGCGUCAAAAUUCAAAGUUUGGUAAAAACGGAUAUGGCUUGGUCUCCUAUAUGGCACUGUAGCUUCACAAAAUAGUGCCAAAGACAUUCAUUGGGGGUGUCUUUUUACUCAGAAGACUUAGCUGAGCAUAAUUUGGGAGGUUUGAACUUAGUGGCACAUAUGAAAUAUACAAAACGCCCAGCAAAAAUGCAAUCCAUAUGUAAAAAAUGCACAAAAUUAUUUUUUACCACAUACUUUGGCAUAUAUUGGUGAAAAAAUGGGGGCAUGUUAAGGCACAAUAUGCACCUUAUGAGAUACCCUGGAGUGUCUACUUUUACAAAUGGUAGGCCUUUGUGGGGGGUUUUUGAACAGUCAAACUGUUAUAAUACCCCAAAUGGAAGCUAAGGCUCAUUAAACCCAUCUCUCAAAAUUCUACUGUGAAUACUGAAAAGGACAGGUAUCCUGUAUGGCACUGAACUUCACGAAAUAGUGCCAAAGACAUAAAAUGAGGGUGUCAUUUUACUCAGCAGAUGUAACUGAACACAAAAUAAAACUUUGUACAGGAAAAGCACACACCAACUGUACAAAAUAUACACGAGAAUUUCUUUGUUAUAAGUUUGUGUGCCAAAAACCAAAAAAAACACAAUUUUACUCCAAUAUUUAGCAGAGGUUGGCGGUGAAAUGGCUACGUAGAAAGUGUCAAAACAACCUUAGGUAAAUAGCCCGUGAUGUCUACUUUAUAUAAAUAUAUACUUUUGUGUGGCAAUUUUGUUUUCUUUUAUGGCUAUUAAGCUUACAAGACAAACAUACCAAAUUCUAAAAUCGCUCCACAUUAAAAGUCUAUUUUACUCCUUGUGCUUUGUGACCUGUAACUACCAAAAAAAACUUAAAAUCCCAGACACAUUAUAUAUGUAAAUCAGAACAACUAAAUUAAUUUAUUUUUAAUUACUUUUCUUAACCUGCACUAAUUAUGCACACAUUAUUAUUGCAAAAACUGUAAAAAAAAACAACAAAUUUUAAUUUUUUUUUUUACAUUUUUCUGUAUUUUUUUAUAAUAAAUAAGCAUUUUAUAUAUGUGUGUGUUACAUCAAAUUAAAGCCCUUUCUGUCCUUUAAAAAACGAUGUAUAAUAUGUGUUGGUGCAACAAAUUAGUAAAAUGCAAAUUGUAGUUGAACGCAAACAGCAAAAAAAUGAAAAAAAUGCCGUUGUCAUUAAGUGAAAGACAAGCUUUUGAAGCUCUGUCCUUAAGGGGUUAAGGGAUUAAAAGAAACACAAAAACUUUUCUGGUGCAACGUAAACAAAAUAACAACAAGUCAUGAAGCUGCCAAAUGUGGCACAGAAGAGUUAUUACACUUGGGUUGAGGAUGCAUCUCUCCAGCGGGCUGCAGAUACAAACGGUCUGACCCUUUAAGGGUCCCAUGCCGCAGUAUUAUCCUUUUGUUACUAAACACUUUUAGGAUAUUAAAUGAAGGCAAGAUCAUUAACUUGCCUGUUCAUACCACAGUCGGUCAUAGUCACUGUAGCAUACCUCCCAACACUUCAAGUGGACAGUGAGGAUACUUUAGAUUUAGGGGUGUGGCGUGGCCUGGGAGAAAUUUUUGGUGACUUAAUAAUAAUUUAUGCAAUUAUGCAAUUAAAGGUAAUUUAGAACAAGAACAAUGUCUAUCAUAGUACAAUAAAAAUUUAAGUUACAAAAACCAAACAGAAAUAUAGUUUCUCAGACUACACAUUUUUCACAUUGGAUAGGCAUUGUCCAAUUUAUUUGAAUUAUUUUUUUUAACUGUGUUCUAGAAGAAAAGCAAUUCUAAAGUUACAUACUUAUAACCAGGGUCUUGCUGCCAUAUUAAUGAUUCAAAAGGCUGACUGGCACUUUAGGACAGACUAAAAUAUAAAAUAGUUGCCUUGUAGAAUUUAAAAUAAACUAUUUUAAAAAAAAAUUAAAAACUGCUUGCAAAUGUAUAAAUUACAACUGGACGCGCCUCUACUUUACAUCCCAUCCCUAGCAUAGUUGUAUACCUGUUUACACUCCCCUUUGUCAUUGACCCACAAGUAUCAAAUUAGAAGCCUUAUAAUACAUUUAAAAAAAUUAGAUUUAUAUGACAUUUAAUAUAUAUUGGUGUUAAAGGGGUGCAUGGUAUUGGAUGUGCCGGUACACAAAGUGUUAUUUCAUCUUUUAACACUCAGGAAUAAUACAUUCUGUAAAAAUUAUUUAGUUUUAGCCUGUGGCAGCCAAAGGGGUUCAUACAUUAUUAAACAUGCAGCAUGUGAAGAGAUGAAAAAAACAUUCCUGGUUUUUGGGUUUUUUAGAUUCUUUAUUUUGACUUGAGCAGUAAACAGUGCAGUAUACAAUGACAGCAAAUAGUGCAAGUGUUUGACAACACUGGUGACCGUACAUUCCAUAUUAAUAACAGAGGGCUUAAUAAGCAAAGCAUAGUUACACAAAAGUACAGGAUGAGAAAAACAAAUAUAUUGCAUUGAGUUAAAUACAUAAAAGCCUAGUGGGGGGCUUCCUAACCAGGCUAGGUAAAUCUGAGGACCUCUGGCUUUGAACUGGCCUCCGGCACAACAUUUAUCCGUGUGUGACUGGUUUAAGAGAGAGACCAUCCAGACGAGCAUGGUUGCCCCAGUGUGGGACUAAGGUGUUUUAUGCUAGUCUGUAAGAUACCAACUUUUGCUGAAUCCGUGUUUCUGAUAGCAAUAUUAUUACAUCAAAAAAGAACAGAUAAGCUUGCAAAAUCUGUUAAGAGAAAUAUGAUUAACUUUGACUAUUGAUUUAUGGAGAACGAUCAAUCCUGAUUCAUUGGAAUAUACGUUUUUUUCGCGUGUACGUCUGUCUUACUCUCGAAUAGAUAUGGUUUGGGGCAACAUAACAGCAUUAACAAAUAUCAAAUAUUUUAAGAUACUCAAUAAUACCUGGUCAGAUCAUAGUAUUAAUAUGUGGGAGAUGAAAAACCAAUGGAUCAGGAUUAAUCGUGAUACUUGGCGUAUGGAUGAUAAUCUGUUAAAAUCUAAGAUCAGUCUCGAUAUACUGGAAAAACAAAUUGAAACCUUUUUUCUUGAAAAUGAUCCAAAUGAUACCUCAUAUAUAAAUAAUUGGUGUGCAUUUAAAUCAACCAGGAGAGGCAACAUAAUAAGUAUACAAACAAGAUAUAAAGUAGAAAAUAAUAAACUUUUUCUGGCAUUCCAAGAAGAAUUAAAAAAGACCGUAAAUAAGAAUACGCAGUCUCCCUCUAAAGAAAAUGCAGAUGCUCUGAAAAAUAUUCAGAACAAAAUUAAUAAUUUCCUUAUAGCAAAGAAUGCAAAAGUUAUAAAUAAACUUAAAGCGAAUUAUUAUUAUAAGGGGAAUCGAGCAGAUAGAAUUAUGACUAAAAAACUAAGAGAUAAAAUUGGAUCAAGCAAAAUAGUGGACGAUGAAGGGGUUUACUUGGACCCCAAAAAAAUAGGAGAGAGAUUUAAUAAGUAUUAUGAGGCUUUGUAUAAUUUAACUCCUUCAACAAUAAAUGAGGAGGACUAUUUGAGUAAAAUUAAUACACCUAAACUCACGGUAGAACAAAGAAAUAAGCUAAAUACUUUUAUUACAGUCCAAGAAGUAGAGGCAGCAAUAAACAAGUUAAAACCAGAUAAGACGCCAGGCCCAGAUGGCUUUGCAAAUCUAUUCUAUAAAUCUUUCAAAAAUCAUAUAGCUUGCCAUUUAACUAAUAUGUUUAACGAAAUAGUGUCAGUAGGUAAAUUUCCUACCGAAAUGUCAAGAGCAAAUAUCCUCCCAAUUCUUAAAGUAAAUAAAGAUCCUUUAAAGGUGGAAAAUUAUAGACCUAUCUCGUUAAUCAAUACAGACGUUAAGAUCUUUUCAUCAGUCUUGGCCCAUAGAUUAAAGGGACUUAUGGAUAAUAUUAUAAAAAAUGAUCAAAUUGGUUUUGUACAGGGGAGAGACCCAGUAGAUAACGCUAGAAGAUUAUUGGAUUUGAUAGAUGCAGCUCGAAGAAAUAAAAAACCUUUAUUUAUAUUGGCAGUAGAUGCCAAGAAAGCUUUCGACAGGGUCGGUUGGGUCUUUUUAACUCCUUAAGGACCAAACUUCUGGAAUAAAAGGGAAUCAUGACAUGUCACACAUGUCAUGUGUCCCUAAGGGGUUAAAGAAAACAAUGGAAAAAUUUGGCAUACAGGGAUGGAUGCUUAAUGCAAUUCUGGCACUAUAUGAAGGUCCAAAAGCAAGAACAGUGGCCCCAAACAUAUGUGCAGACUGGUUUACACUAAAAAAUGGAACGAGACAGGGCUGUCCCCUAUCGCCCAUUUUAUAUAUUAUGACAAUGGAGAUUCUAGCUAUUCAUAUAAGACAUAAUUCUCGAAUAAAAGGCUUUAGAUACAGAGAGAAAGAAUUUAAAUUAAAUUUAUAUGCAGACGAUUUGAUUUUGACCCUAACCGACCCUGUCGAAUCGCUUGGUGCCUUGAUGGAAGAGGCAGACAAAUACAGUCUGUUCUCAAAUUAUAAAAUAAAUGUAACUAAAUCUACUUUUUUAGCUAUAAACAUCUCCAGAGAAUGUAGUCUAUAUAUAAAAGAUAAAUACAAAUUUAAUUGUAAUAAAAAUACACUAUCUUAUUUGGGAAUAACGCUUACUGAUGACUCAAAAGAUACGAUGCAAACAAAUUUUUUAAAAACAUUUAGAUCAACACAUGAGUCACUAAAAAGAUCGAGACAAAUUGAACUAUCCUGGUGGGGUAGAAUCAAUUUGGUCAAUUCGUAUUUACUCCCUAAAUGGUCCUAUCUAUUUCGUAUGAUACCCUUGAGAAUGCCACAACCAUGGUUAUCUAUGAUACAACGAGAUAUAAAUAAUUUCAUAUGGAAAGGAAAAAGGCCGAGGAUGAAUAAAAAAACUUUUGAUGCAGAAGAGUAGGAAAGGAGUAGGAAAGGAGUAGGAAAGGAGGGAUAAAUUUUCCAAAUGUCAAUAUAACCUAUUUAGCUAAUAUGAUGCUCCAUAUAUACAAGACGCAACUCUUAAGUUCUGAGGAAGCGGGUUGGUACCAAUUAGAAAUGGAGAUGGUAGAAACUGAAAACUUGAUAUCAAUUAAUUUGGUUAACUAAACAGGAUGAAAGAAUUAAGAAGGUCUGUUCUUCAAAUAAUUGCUUGAAAUCAAUUUUGAUGGAGUGGGAAAAGUUGAGGAUUAACAGCGGAAUAUGUAAUAAAAUAUUGGGAAACUCUAACUUUAGUAUUAUACAAUUAAGGAUGAAAGAUUUAAAUACAAGUGAAUGGACAGGGAAAGGCAUUAAUUCUAUAAACCAAAUAUUAUUGGGAGAUAAAAUUAAAUCAUUUGAAAAUUUGAUACAAGAAUUUUCGCUACCUAAGCAGGAGUGGUAUAAUUAUUUAAGAAUCAGAGGUUUUAUCAAACAGUUUUUGUUACAUCGACCCAUAGAGGGAAUAGAAAAUCUGAUAGCUUUAUUAAAAAAUGAGAAUGUACCGCAAAUAGUUUCAAAGGCAAGGAGUGCUCUUCUUCAAAUUGAAGCACCAAAUAUGAAUGUAUAUAUUCAGAAAUGGAGCAAAGAACUAAAUGUACAGAUUUUUAAGACUGAGUGGGAUCAAGUAUUAUUUCAAAAAUGUAAAAUAAUACAUUGUUUGAGCCUUCUUGAGGUAUUAUUUAAAUGAAUGAACCGCUGGUAUCUAGUUCCCACCAGAUUGUCCAAAAUGUAUACCUCUAAUUCUCCAUUGUGCUGGAGAUGUAACGAAAAAGAAGGGACUUUUGGACAUAUAUGGUGGGAAUGCAGCAAGGUUAAAACUUGUGGUAUCUGGCCUUCAAAUCAUUGGAGUAUAUUACAGAGACAAACAUCCCUAGAGGCCAUCAUAAUGGUCUAUUCCACUUAAACUUACAAUCACUCCAUUUUAAAGAAAAAUUUAUAUAUGUCCACUUUGUGGCAGCAAUAAAAAUAAUAAUUUGCAAGGAAUUGGAAGAGUAGUGUGAAUUUCACACAGGUCCAAUUAUACUCACAAGUCCAAUACCAACUAACUAUGGAGGCCUUAGGAUAUCAGUCAGUAAAAAUUAGAGAUGUCAGUAAUUUUUGGAAGGAAAAAAUGGAGAGUAUGGUCACACAAAGUCCUGGACAAAAUAAUUAGAAUAUUUUCUUUUUCUUUCUCUUUGCUUUUUUCUUUCUUUUCUAAUAUAAGGUAAUGGAAUAGAGGGUCCACUGAUACUCCCCAAGUAGAGUAUGCAAUGCAUAGUAGUGUUUGUUUUUGUAUGUGUGUUAAAAAAAAAAUGAAAAGAUGCAAGACGCGGUCUUUUACAUUAUAAAGACUUCAGUAAGUAGUCAUGAUGUUUAGAGCAUUCCUUUAACCGUCUUUUAAAAGUUUGUAUUAUUUUUCAUUGUGUAUGUCAGUAUUUUGCUAACAUUUGUUUUAUCUUCUCUUACUUAGGUGUGAGAACUUUAAAUUUGUACACAAAGGUGGCAGCACUUAUGCAUGGUCUGUGGCUGCUUGCAGAUGGCAUUUUACUAGAAGACUCAACAGUAGGAAUCCACAGGAUUUUUGUUUUCUACUAAAUAUAUUGCAACCCACAUUGCAUCAUGUUCAGACGACCGGACUUAUCUGGAAUGCAUGUAUGUUAUUUGAAGAUUUUUUUUCUUACCUAAGUUUGAUAGCUUCAUAUAGUCUAGACACAUAAAGAUCUAAUUGCGGAUGAAUCACUGUGAAUUAGGAAUCUGUGCAGAUAAUUAACAAUUAACUCAGUGUCUUUUUUAUAAGCAAGAAAAAAAGCCACACUUGGCAUACCAGCCAUGCCUCCUUUGUCCCACUUCACCAUUCAAAAAUGCUUCGUUAUUGCUGGUUGCUGUGGUUCCAUACAAAAUGUUAUGUACCACCUCAUUUUCUGUCACUUUCUCCCAAACUGCAGUGUCCUAAAACAUGUUGUGAUGAAACAUUGCAAGGUUUGUUAGCGUUCAGCUAACUAAAAAAAAAAAGCUGGUAAUGAACUAUGAUUCUCAAAACUUUGCUCAGAACAAAACUAUUCUGCACAGAGAGCUUUACAAUCUGCUACUAACCACUUACAACACACAGGUAGAGCCUGAUCUGCACUGUAGCAAAUUCAAGCAUAACAAUUCAAAACCCGUAGACCAGAUUGAAAGGCUCCUGAUUGGAUUUUCAAAACAAUUUAUGGGAUUGGGCAGAACUAAAGACCAAUUUUAUAAUGGUUUGCACAAAAAUAUUUAUUUAUGUUUUUAUUGUGUUUUUUUUUUUUUUGCCACGCAUUAUUAAAAAUGUUUAAGACUGUAUGUGAUAUAGGUAUUGUCUACCACUGUAAACACAUAGUCUAGAAGGGAUGAUUCACUACUACUAAGGGGUUUGAGCCCUUCGACAUACUAGAGAAAAGAAUGAAAUGUGGUAAAACACCAGAGGUAAAUGUUAAAAUAUAACUUUUAGUGACAAACUAAUAAAAAGUUAUCCAACCUAUGGAUGUAUUGCAGUAAUGUACUCUAAAAUGAGACAAGAAACAAAACAAAAAGUAAGUAAACAGUGAAAUAACUUGUCAAAUGACAAGAGGAACAAAAGCUGAAUGAGUUCCUACGACGGAAUUGUUGGAUAGUUUUUCCGAUAUAUCGGACCCCACAUUUGCAGUUAGCCAAAUAGACAACAUUACAGGAAGAGCAAUUGAUAAAGGUACGAAUUUUGACUGUUUGUUGGGUGGUGAAAGAUAUGACUUCUUUAGUAGGUGAUUUUCUAGUACAAAGCCACCCCACACAACCAUCACAACAACAUACAUGGCUAACACCUACAAAAGGAAUUUUUCGCUGUGGACUUUACAAAGCCUGCCAGUACAUCACCCCCACUAAAGAAGUCAAAUCUUUCAUCACCCAACAAACAGUCAAAAUUUGUACCUUUAUCAAUUGCUCUUGUAAUGUUGUGUAUUUGGCUAACUGCAAAUAUGGGGUCCAAUAUAUUGGAAAAACUAUCCAACGGUUCUGUCAUAGGAUCCUACAACAUAUCUAUACUAUAAACUCAGGAAGUGAUGCACCUAUUGCAAGACAUGUAUCUAAUUUCCACAGUGGUGAAGCAUUUAGCCUUACAUUUCAUGCCAUUAAGAAAGUAGACAGAUCUCCAAGAGGGGGGUGACAUUAACCCCAAAUUACUACGAAGUGAAUCCAAAUGGAUUUUUAAGUUUAAAACGUUGAGCCCCCUCAGUUUAAACAACGAGUUUAAUUAUAUAUUUUUUUUAUCACCUCAUUUUAUCUUAAGAUAUCAUUAGAGCCCCUAGGUAACUCUAGAUACUCUUUUCAUUAACAUUCUUUAUCAUUAGUCAUUAAUCAUUAAUUUCAUUUGUAAUUACUACAUGAGACCACUAACUAUACAUGCACAUCUAUGUCAGAAUGUGAGUCGAUUCCCUAUAACAUAUAUAUAUAUAUAUAUAUAUAUAUAUAUAUAAUAGAGGUUCAUUUUCUUAUUUGCAAUUUUCUAUAGGUUUACACCUACCUGGGAGAAAAAGACAAUUUUUUUCAGUUUUUCUCAGAUCAUUCUAAAGAAUGUCAGACCCACAUAACCUUGCUUUAUGGGUUCUUACCUUUUUAACUACUUUUUAACAAAUAAUACCCUCUGUUACAUAAUAGUGUUCGGCUUACUUCUCAUGACUUUAAACUCAGAACACAGACUGGUAUUUUUUACACAUCCGUGUUCUUUUGGCAAUGUCUCCUCGAUAACAGCAAAAGACGGUAAAUAAACCCUUUGAGAAAAUAUAUUGAAUAUAAAUAUAUAUAUAUAUAUUCUCCGCACGUACUAGAUUACAUAAUUUGACAGUUAAAAGCUGGGUCUGACUCAUUCUCUUAUGUUAAUUACUUAUACCAUGUGUGUGAAAUUUCUCUAGUUCUUUAAAUCUACCCCUCACAGCAGUUCAAACGCUGAAGAGGUAGAAAACAUAAACAACUACUUAGCAGACACACCCCAACACGGAUUAAUUAACCAAUGGAAUCUUAGAUGGUUGCUUUAAAAAACAAUUUUAUUUUCUGACACUCCCUUAGCAGUCCUGAUGAUCCGGGUAACGGCUGCCUGGUGAAACGCGCGUUGAGUGCGGACUUUGUUGUUUUCUGGAGCUGGCAGUUCACCUUACUUAUAAUUCUCGUACUUUAUGUUAAUUUUCACUCCUCCGCUCAGGAUCCCACGUUUUAUUUUUACUUGUAAUUAACUUUUUCACUUAAUCUCUCUCAUGUGGAUACUUAGUUGAGGAACCUUGAUAGAAGUUACCUUUUUCAGACAAUUGUAUCUAUUUUGUCUCACUCACAUGGUGGGAACGUGUGUCGGUGGCUAAAUAUGUAGGGACUAGCAAAUCAUCCUUUGGCUAAACUUAAGACCAAGUGAGGGACCAACCGACACACACACCUCCCUGUGUUCCUUUAUACUUAUAUGUGAACUACAGCUCUAUAUACCAGCUCUAUUAUAUGUACAUCAUUUGCAGAAAUACCACUGUUAGAUAUAUCAGUAGACUUAGAUAUGUAUAUGUUUAAAGUGGACUUUUUUAGCCCACUUGAUGUAUUAGACUAUCCUCAUAUCAUUUGAGCUAGAAGGUAUUUUUUUUUUUUUUGGCAUCCAUUGAUAUCAGGUGGCAGGUUACUCAAUAGCCACUCACUAUAUGUACCUUAGAAUCUGGUACUGGUUGCCACCUAUUUACCGAUCUGCAUAUUUGGUUUCCUCUUGUCAUUUGACAAGUUAUUUCACUGUUUACCUAGUUUUUGUUUUGUUUCUCGUCUCAUUUUAGAGUACAUUACUGCCAUACAUCAAUAGGUUGGAUAACUUUUUAUUUCUAAUUAAAAGUUAUAUUUUAACAUUUACCUCUGGUGUUUGACCACAUUCCAUUAAAAAUGUUUACUUGCAGCUUGAAACAUAUUUUGCAAAAUGUGAUAUUACAUGUUGAUCUACAUACUUUUGUUUUUGUAGAAAAUGAUGCGUCCUGUCCCCAGCAGUAACGUGUCUUCCUGCCUUAACCAGGACAGCAUGAGAAGUGUUGAUCAGUUUGGCUUGUAUGCUGCCCAGCAGAACAAAUACAGCCAUUCAGUCAGUCACAAGACCAUUUCUUGUCAGACACAAGAAACUAUAAAUGAGGCACAUUUACAGACAACCAGCAACAGGGAUUUGGAUACAAAGAAUGAUCUAAAGAAAAAGAAGAACCUUGGCAGGUCUGGGAAGCGAGGAAGACCAUCUGGGACCACUAAAUCAGCAGGCUACAGAACCAGCACUGGUAGACCCUUGGGGACCACCAAAGCUGCUGGAUUUAAGACAAGUCCGGGCAGACCCUUGGGUACAACCAAAGCCGCCGGAUACAAAGUCAGCCCAGGGAGACCUCCAGGUAGCAUAAAAGCUCUAUCACGGCUUGCAAACCUAGGUUACACAAGUAACAAUGCAGAAUUUCCCUACCCCACAUCACUUAGCAGAGGACUACAUUCUGCUGUGGAUGCCAACAUCAAACAUCCUGUUGAGUAGGAGUCAAAAAGCUUUGUGUGCAUAUAUGUAGGAUGAAGCAUAUCAGGCCAUUGUAUUAUUUCAUUGUCUUUUAAUUUUAUAAAAUUUAUUUUCCGCUGGUGUGAUUGAAUCACUUUUACAUAUUUACAAAAUACAAAAAUAGCAGCUCCGCAUAAACCAUGUUGGUUUAUGCUCAGUACUGCACACAUACUAAAAAUUGUUUUUAUCUUUAUGCUGGCUUGUAAUUAUGAUAUAUCGUGUUAAUUUUAGUUAGCAUGUAGUGAUAGUCUGUCUGCUCUCUAUGUGGAGAAAUUAAAUUUUUGUUGGUCUUGGUGCAUUACUUUCAACUCACUUUAGCUAAAGAAACACAUCCAUGAGCAGUGCUAGACACAUACUUGUAAUUAAGUAUAAAUAGGAAAAUUGGAAGCUGACAAUUAUAAAAGAAAACAAAGAAUUUUGUUAAUUCUAGCAUUUUAUAUUCAUGUUACAUGUACCUAAAAAUAGCAAUUCACCAUUGUAUAAUCACAGAUGAGGGAUUUAUAAAACCAAAAAUGUAACAUUACAUAAAUGGAAUUUUGUUUAAAGAAAACAUGCAGAGAAUAUAACAAACACAAUGUAAAUAUUUAACUUCUGUGGGUAAAUUUGUGGAAAUUCCUAUUUAAACAGGUACAUUUAGUCCAAAGAAUACAAUUUGGGAAAAUUAACUUUUUUUUUUUUUUUUUUAAAUCUUAUUUUGUAGUAAUGAUGCUUUAAAUAUUAAGUCUCCUAUUUAUCUAAUUAUCUAUCCGUCUACUUUAUGUAUAUUUUUUCUCCAUUCUUUAUGUUCUUUAAUUGGGGAAUAUUUGAGAUUUGUUUUUAAUUCCAAAUUGCUUCUAAUUUAGUUAUUGAGAUCUAAAGCAGAGACCAAAAUAAGUGUACAUUUUAUACAUUUUUCUUAGGGCUUUUGAAAUAAGACAUUUAACAAAUCACAACCCCAUCUAACUUGAAAAAUGACAGAACAUGGCAAAAAUUAGAAAGAUUUGAAAGGAUUUGGCUGUAUUGUGUUGCAUGACUUUCUAGUACUCUAAUGUAUAAAUAAUGCAGAGCACUUGUGAAAGCCUAGGAAUAAACAUAAAUUACUUUUCAAAUAGCUUGAUACCUUUAAAUGUAUGUGUAGCUUUCCUGCUACAAUUCUUGUGCUGCACCAAACUAAUGCUACUACUGAACAGCCAUUUUCCUUUCAUGGUAAGUCAUAAUAGUUCACAUUUUUAUGACAUUGCCUAUAAUGUCUCGAAAUCCAAACUGGAAAAUGAUUGAAAUAAUCAAACUUUCAAGCAAUGCCAUGAGCAUAAAGUGGGAGAAGUGCACUUAGACUACCUCAAUUGUAGUUUGCUAGUAUAACAAGAGAGCUUUCCCCAGUAAAUGUAUUGUGGAAUGAAUCACACAUGUAUGAAAAUCUACUUCCAAUAUAAAAUCUCAAAUUCUACAGUCUUCUCAAUUUAGCUUAGAAAUUUUGGUUGAGGAUAUGCAUAUAAGAAUGUGUUUUAUUUUUAUAAUCCUUUCCUCAAUCAUAUACACAUCCCUUUUAUAAUAUUUACUAGCUGUUUUAAACUGCAUUGUAAACAAUCACAGUUUUUAAGUUUUUUGUUCAGGGAAAAGUAUUUUUUUUUUCUUAAUGUUUUGUUAAUUGUAGAGUAAAAAGCCCUGUCAGUUAAUUACGCCCCCCAUAACUAUAAUAAAGUGGUAGUUUUUAGUUUGUGUAUACACACACAUGCAUAUUAAAACCCCUGAGCAAAACACCAGUGAUGAGAGAUUGCACUUUUACUAAAAUGUAUUUGCAUGAAUUUUGUAUUCUGGGUACAGUCAAAGUCCAUUGAGUCUAAUAAAAGACAUUCUGGGGAAAAAAAUAAAGCAGAAAAUUGAUGUCAACCAGAAAAUAGACUAAUAUAAUUAUAAACUACACACUGAUUAGGACAGCAAUAAAGUGGUAUUUUGUAAAAAGCUGACACGAGGGUUUUUCAGUGAGAUCCAAUAUGAGCUCUAUGUUUAUGAUCGAAGUGGACUCAAAGUAAUAAAUGCUAGUGAUGAGUCCUUAGUUCAUGUUGGGGAGAAGAAAUCUUAUUUCUGUAAUUUUCCAGACAUUUGUCAGCAAUAUUAGUUAGUAAUUGGUUACCUGUCUUCAUAUAGCAAGAGAUAGCAAUCUGCUGCUAUUUUGACUAGAAGGAAACUUUGCUGGAUUAAGACCAGAUGUCACAUUUCAUACCUUUCUUGUCAGGAAAAAAGCAGCAAGCCUUCAUGUGUUCCAGUGAUGCGUAGGACAAAAUGGGUUGGACUUAAAUCGAAUCUUUACCGUACAAUAUUAUGAUUUAUGUAUUCUGGACCUAUCUCGCACCACGUGCAAUCAAGAAAAUGAGCUUUUCAAGCCUUCGUACUGCUCAUUGUAACAAAUCCUAUUGAUCAAUUGGAUGACUACUUAAUUGUUUUUAUCUGGCAGCUAAGUGGAUAUAAAGUGUCAGUUCUACUAAUUGCAAUGGUUGCUUUGGUUUUAUUGGUUUAGGGAAGAUAAAAUCUUUCCUCACCUUCUGUUUUGCUUCUUUCAGUUUGGCAGUUUGAUUUAUAGUAUCCUGCAAUUAAAAGUCAGAAAACUACUUUCAACACCUGAUACACCAACAAAAUUAAAAUGAGGUGUUGGACGGAAACAAAUGCACAGAGAAGUCUCCAGAACAGUGAACACGUGCCCAUCCUAUUUGAGCCCUGCAAAUAAUUCAUGUAUUAUUACAUAGGUAGCAUAUUUGGCAACUAAAAAUAAAAUGGCUAAAAAUAAAAAUGGAACUGAUGCUUUAAAGAGACUUGAUAUUGAAAUGUUGCUGUAUUUCUGCCAUCAUGUAUUGAGUUUAUGGGCGAUUGAUGAGUUUCUAAAUGUGAAUGCCCAGUCACAAACAAAGACUAUUUUGGAUUCAGGAUACAUUUAAAAUGCAACCACAGGAGUUUGGUUACACGCCAUCCUUUAAAGAUGUGGAAUCUUCCAAAGCCAUCUUCAUGACCCAGUUUUCAUCACAUUAAUCAAGUGCUGAUAAUCCUUAUUUCACUUCUCUUCCACUGAAAGAAAUGUGUUCUACACUAUCCGGUUAUCUCUCAACUUGAUCUUUGUUAAUGUCACAGCUACAGUGAGUUAUUUUUGUGUUGUACAUCACCUAAUGACCUGUAUAACUGUAUUACAAAUUCUUAAGAGGCCUCGGAAAGGGGAAAAGAAGUCAUCCAUACUGUUUCUUGGAGACAAAUGAAAUGGAAGCCUAUAUCUAAUCUAUUUAAAUGUAGGAAGUGUAUACGAAACAUGUAUCCCUUGUGGUUUUUGGUUUUUAUAGAUGUGACAAUAUCAGGGUCUUCUGUACCUGGCUGCAUUUGUAAUUUUCAGGCAAUGGGACUCAAGGCCUCAACCUCACUGAACUUACAAAAAGUAAGCUGUUCACUUCUAUACUAAAUAACACCAUGUUACAUUUCCUUUUUUUUUAGUUGUUUUUUUCCUAUAAUUUUUUAAAUACUACGUGAAUGCUCUGCUUUACUCUAGCACUCUGCAUAGAGACAUUAUCUUAAAAAGAUAUAUAUACUAGCUUGAAAAAAAACCCACAUCCACAGAUAAACAUAUGAGCACAUUACCCUUGAAUGGUAAACUUCAAAUUAUAUUAAGACUUUGAAUUUUGUGUCCUCAUUUCUCUUGUUGUGAAGUCAUGUAAGAGUAGUAAAACAGAUGUGUGUAUAAUGAAUAAGAAUAUUCUUUACACUAUGGCAUAUUAAAAACUGGAAGUUUUUCAUUCUUUUACUGGCCCCAUGUAAUAAAUCUGUUGACAUGUAUUUCAUCUUGAUGUGACAGUUUAAAAAAAAAAAAAUUAAAUAAAUAAAUAUAUAUAUAUAUAUAUAUAUAUAUAUGUAUAUAUAUAUAUAUAUAUAUCCUGUUUUUUCUUGUUUUAACCAUACAUAUUCUUAUUAAAACAUUCCUAAAUCGGGUUACUGAGUGUACAUGAAAGUUGUUGUUUUACAUUCCUAAAAUGUAAACUACUCUGUUUAUUUGAAAACACUCAUUUUGGGUUUGGUAUGUUAGUAUUGUUUAACCCCUUAAGGACCAAUUACAUUUUUGCCAACGUCAAAAUCUGGUCCCCGAGACUUCAUGCUAUAAUUAAUUAAUUGUCUCUAUAGAACUCAGUUGUCUCUAAAUGAAUGAGACAUUCCAUUGUGGAGUUGCAUCCUUAAAAGAAAAAUGUCAUACUUUUUAAAAAACUUUUUAUUAUAGUUGGAAAUAAAAUAUUACGUGUUACAUAGCCUCUUUGUGUAUUAUUCUGUAAAUAGAUCAAAGUAAAUAGCUUUUUUUAAAAUCAGUACAUCUCUUGGCUCUGCUUUUUCACUUUGGACAGCCAUCAUGUUCAAUCAAAGACCAUAUGCAAUUUAAAAAGGAAACCUCUUUGAAGAUUUUUAUGGUGCAUUUUAUUUUCUCAUGUAUUAGAAUUCAUGAACAUGCAUUAGCACUCUAUUACUUGUAUUGUCUUUGGUCUGAUGCAGGUACUUCCAACCAUAAAGUUUAAAUAUUUUUGCAGCUUGCACAAGGGAGGAGGGUAGGCCAGGUUAUGCACUAAAAGAGGUAUAAUAAGUAUGCAUUAUAGAAUGAUACAUUCAGUUAUCUUUCAUUUUAGUAAAUUAUAACAAUUCUAUUUUAACCUCUUCACUACCGAGCACUUUUUGAUUAAGAUAUAGCAUAAUAUUUAUUUGAAGCAAGGGGUGCAUAUCUAGCAUAUAAACAUUUUAUAAUACAGCAAUUUUGUGUAUAUAUUGCUUUGCAGACAAACAUAAAAAACAUUGUCAAUUUACACAGUUUUUAUUCUGCACUUAUUCGUUCAUCUUCUAUAAAAAUAUUUGGUAAAUGAAAAGCUUUAAACAGUAUACAGUAUAAUUUGUCUGUCACAAAAAUCGUUUAAAUAUUGUCAAAUACCAUGCUUGUAGGUAAUUGUUUGUAAGGGCCCUGAAGGCAUUACUAGCCAGGCAGCUUACUGAAAAUGACAGCAGCUCGUAAAAAGAAUAUCUGCAUACAUUAAAUGCAGCUAAAUCAUACAUGUCCGAAACAAAAGUAUUUAAAACUUCAGUAGCAAUCUUAAUCAAUCUCUGGAUUGCUAAUGUAAUUCUAACAGUCCAUUCACUCUUUCCCGACUGUAGGAAUGAUAUGCCUCAUUGAAGCUCAUUUUACGGUUUGGUAAGAGAGGAUGAGCAGACAUGCUCAGCUAAUUUGCAAGCAUUAUAUAACUGACCAGGAGCUUUUGACAUAAAUAUUAGUUUUUCCACAAGUAAUCAUUCCAGAGGAUAAAUGAGGAUGAGUAAGGUUCUUUGAACUAAACUUGAUUCUGCAAAAUACAUGAAAGUACAAAUGUUUCCACACAAUUCUGGUAGUGAAGUGGUUAAAGUCCCUUUAAUGGUUAAAGUACACAUUGAAACAACGUAAGGUACUUAAGUAUGAAAAACAGUCUGCAUUUGAUAGUAUUUUAAAUGGUUCAACAACUUGUAACAUAUUUUGCUAUAACAUUUAUUAGAAUGAUUCUUACUAUUAUACAACUGUUUUCCUGUCUACUUGCUUUGUAGGUCAUCAAAUAAUUAUUAUUUUCAAACUGAAACUUGAAAACUGUGGAUGGUUAAGAAUAUAUUAAAUUAUGCUCUGUAAAAACGAAAAAUUCAUUACUAAACUUAUUUUUGCUGUAAUUGACAGAUCCUUAUAUUGUGUUUAUAUAAGAUGUAUCAUGGAG